AUGGCGCACCUCACAAAUCCAUUAGCGACUCCUUCUCAGUUGUACAACCAUACGUCAUUCUCAUCUUUACCUACCGAUAUACGCGAAGUCGUCUUCAUCACGACGCAAUGCCUGACCCAGGCCGCGGGACUGCUGCUGGAGCUCCCCCAAUCCGUCACCGCGCAGGCAAAUGUAAUUCUCGCCCGCUACUGGCUGAUUGAUUCGCCAAUGGCCCAUGAAUUCAGUGACGUGUCCGCCGCUGCCCUUUACCUUGUCGCCAAAGUUGGUCCGAUGCCACGCUCGACUCGUGAUGUAUCAAACGUCUACGCCUACCUUCUUUCCCCCAAGUCGUCACUCUUCCGCGCCCCUCAGGAGGGAAGGCCGGAGGAGGAUCCAAAGGCGUAUUACCAGACCGAAUCCGACUACUUCGCGUUCCAGAGCCGCCUGCUCGCCCUCGAGGCGCGUAUCCUCUACUGCCUUUCCUUCAACACCCACGUAUCCCUCCCCCACGCCCUCGGCAUCACAUACCUGCAGACCCUCGACUUUCUAUCACAGCCCAAGUCCACCAUAUCCCACCGAGUUACACAGUAUCUCAACACGGCUCUGCUGUCACCGCAGAUGCUCUACUUGACGCACCAGCCGCAUGCGCUGGCCACUGCGGCGAUAUACAAUGCUGCGCGGGACCUGGGGGCCAAAAUGCCUGAAACAGAGUGGUGGGAGGUUUUUGACGUUGACAGAGAGGACCUUGGAUUCUUGGUAGUUGGAAUGAGGAGCGUCGAGGGCAUUCUGGCAUCGAGAAGGGAAGAAAUGCCGUGGGUGGGCGAGGGGAUGACGACGAGGACUCUGGUGGAGAGAGAAAUGCAGAAGAGGGGCCUCCAGGCUGAGAACGGGGAAACCAAGCAGUUGGACAAGGAGGAAGAGGCGAUGCGAAUGCUCGAUAGCCGAUAG